UAUGAGUAUUCGAACACACCUCAGUAAAAUUAUACGAAAUGUUUUUGAUUUAGCUAGCUAUGUCUUUGCACCUUUAGAAUAGUUACCAUAAUAACACAGACAACAAUUAUGGUAUUAUGGACAAUUACGUCCGAAUGAAGGGGCAAUGGUAGAAUACAGUUGUUGGUGAGCCAGCCUGGUUCAAUGGACGAGAGGACUUGAACUAAGACAGUACAAUAUGGUUUAGAAACUCUGCUUGAAAUGUGUGGCUAACAGACCUCUGAGUUAAUUAGCUACUCAGGGAAGCUAACGUUAGAUAGCUUGCACUACAACCCACACUUCAAGAAUUACGGCUCAAGUUAAACUUUUGUAUAACCUAGCUAGCUUCUUCCGGUGCCACCAGACCAGAGUGACCCUUGCUGUCCUCAACAUGGUGUCGUCCAGGCUCAAGUACCUGUCUCUGUGGGUGCUGGUGUUCCAGACCACCUUCCUGGUGCUGACCAUGCGCUACUCCCGCACACUACGGGGGGAUGGCCCCCGCUACCUGGCCUCCUCUGCUGUGGUGGUGGCUGAGCUUAUGAAGCUCAUCACCUGUGUGCUGCUCAUAUUCAAGGAGCACAGCUACAAUGUUCGGGCUCUGAAGAGUAUUCUGAGGCAAGAGAUCACUCACAAGCCGAAAGAGACCCUGAAGCUGGCCAUUCCUUCUGGGAUCUACACCCUACAGAACAACCUGCUCUAUGUGGCUCUGUCCAACCUGGACGCUGCCACCUACCAGGUGACGUACCAGCUGAAGAUCCUCACCACAGCCCUGUUCUCAGUGUCCAUGCUAGGCCGGAGGCUGGGUGUGUACCAGUGGCUCUCCCUGCUCAUCCUCAUGGCUGGGGUCGCACUUGUGCAGUGGCCCUCUGAAUCCCUCGGGGCCCCUGAGAAGGAGCAGAUGUCUGAAGGGUCCCAGUUUGUGGGUGUGGUGGCGGUGCUGGUGGCCUGCUGCUCCAGUGGCUUCGCUGGGGUUUAUUUUGAGAAGAUCCUCAAAGAGACCAAACAGAGCGUAUGGGUCCGCAACAUCCAACUGGGAAUGUUUGGCCUGGUGUUUGGUCUGAUGGGGAUGUUUGCAUACGAUGGGGAGAGAGUCCGAGAAUCUGGGAUGUUCAAGGGAUACAACACAAUCACCUGGACAGUGGUGGCUCUGCAGGCACUAGGAGGGCUGGUUAUAGCAGCUGUCAUCAAGUAUGCAGACAACAUCCUGAAGGGCUUUGCCACGUCACUCUCCAUCAUCCUGUCAACACUCAUAUCCUACUUCUGGCUUGAGGACUUUGAACCCACAAGUGUGUUCUUCCUUGGUGCAGUACUGGUCAUCGUGGCCACCUUCCUGUAUGGCUACGAGGAUAAGCCAUCCCCCAACACCAGCCGUGCCUAGAGGACAUCACCGAGGACCGAAGGGGAUGUCAGGGAAGAGAAAAGAAAAGAAGAGGAGAAGAAAACAGUGGAGCAGAAGAGAGAAAAGAGGAGCGAAGGACACUAGCCUAGAGGCAAUGUUGACAUGGGCCUCAGACACUGUGGCCGUGUUUUCUCAGGCAGCCCAAUUCUGAUAUUUUUUCCACUAAUUGGUCUUUUGACCAAUCACAUCAGAUCUU